AUGGACAGUAUCCUGGAGCCCUUCUCCGCCGAGCGGCUCUUCCCCGCCGCCGGCACCGGCUUCCUCGACUUCGGCGACUUCAGCGAGGCGGACUUCCUCAGCAAUGUGCAUUUCUCAGAGAACCUGGAUCACUUCUCUGACAACAUGGAGGAUUUCUCCAAUGACCUCUUCAGCAGUUUCUUUGAUGACCCAGUACUGGCUGAGAAGAACCCUCUGCUGGACAUGGACCUGGAUCCUCCCACCCCAGGCAUCCAGGCAGAGCACAGCUAUUCCCUCAGUGGAGACUCUGCUCCCCAGAGCCCCCUCGUGCCUGUCAAGACUGAAGAUAAUGCUAGCGAGCUAGAGAAUGGAGUGUGGUCACUGGGGCCCAAGCUCUGCUCCAUCAUGGUGAAACAGGAACAGAACCUGCCUCUAGAUGUGCCUGAGUCCCAGCUACCUGCCAGCUCCAUACCAGUGCUGAACCUCAACCCUCUGCAGAGACUGCCACUCCCUGAGGAGAUUCCUAUAGAAAUGGCUCCAGCACCUGUGAUCAAAGCUGAACCCAAAGAGGUGAAACAGUUUCUAAAUGUACCUACAGUAGAUGACCUGGUGCAAAUGCCUCCAACUCCACCCAGCAGCCAUGGCAGUGACAGUGACGGAUCUCAGAGCCCUCGGUCCCUGCCUCCCUCCAGCCCAGCCCGGCCUGCUGCUCGCUCUUCUACUGCCAUCUCCUCCUCACCUCUCCUCACAGCACCACAUAAGUUACAAGGAACCUCUGGCCCACUGCUCUUGACUGAAGAGGAGAAGCGCACCUUGAUUGCAGAGGGUUACCCCAUUCCUACCAAGCUGCCCCUCACCAAAGCAGAGGAGAAAGCACUGAAGAGGGUCAGGAGGAAAAUCAAGAACAAGAUCUCUGCUCAGGAGAGCCGCAGGAAGAAGAAAGAGUAUGUGGAAUGUCUAGAGAAAAAGGUAGAGACAUACACAACAGAAAACAAUGAACUCUGGAAAAAAGUGGAGACCUUAGAAAAUGCAAACAGGACUCUGCUACAGCAGUUACAGAAGCUUCAGGCUCUGGUAGCUGGGAAAGUCUCCAGACCUUAUAAAAUGGCUUCCACGCAGACUGGGACCUGUCUAAUGGUGCUGGCACUCUGCUUUGUUCUCAUCCUGGGAUCCCUGAUGCCCUGUCUCCCUGAAUUCUCUUCAGCAUCACAGACAGUGAAAGCAACACCAGCACCAGACAUUUACACAACUAGUAAGAUUCAGUCACGGAGCCUCCUUUUCUAUGAUGAGGGUGCUGGCUCCUUAGAAGAGAGCUAUAGCUCCUUCCUAACCAUGGACCAUCCUGAGGGGUGGGAGGCCAAAAAAAGGCAGUCUGAGGAGGGAAGGCCUCGUCUGGCCAGGACACAUGAGACGGCUAAAUAUUUGAGCAAAACGCAGGGGGGUCCUGACCAGAACAGAACGGACCCAACUCUCAGCCACCUCAAAGAGCAAUUCCGUGAGAGGGAGACAAGCUCCAGUGAGACAACUGAAUUCUUGUAG